AUGUCUGAACGCGGCUCCUUCAGAGGCGGCCAGUCUCGUGGCCGUGGUUCUGGCGGAGGUAGAGGAGGAGGCGACAGCGGCCGUGGAGGCCGUCACCACCAGGGCCAGGGCCAACACCAGGGCCAGCACCGCGGAGGCCACCAGGGCCAGAGCCAUGGCCAGACGCAAGGCCAGCAGCAGGAAAAACCAAAGAAGGAAAACAUCCUUGACCUGACAAAGUACAUGGAUAAAGAAGUCAAUGUCAAAUUUAACGGAGGCAGAGAAAUUACCGGUGUGCUGAAGGGAUAUGAUCAACUUAUGAACCUCGUGCUAGAUGAUGUUAAAGAGACUAUGCGUGAUGAUAAUGACAAUAUAACGACUCGAUCACUUGGUUUGAUCGUGGCGAGGGGGACGUUGUUGGUUCUGCUUUCGCCGGCUGAUGGGAGCGAAGAGAUUGCCAACCCUUUCGUGCAGCAGGAAGAUGAAUAG